CUUCGGUCUCUCGUGAAAGCCGUAACCACUCCGCCGAGCAGCAGCCGCCGUCGCAGACGAAUAGUUUGUGAAAGAGGAGAUGGCGAAGUCGAAGAAUCACACGGCUCACAACCAGUCGCACAAGGCUCAUAGGAACGGCAUUAAGAAGCCGAGGAAGCAUCGCCACACUUCCACCAAAGGGAUGGAUCCCAAGUUUUCGAGGAACCAGAGGUAUGCAAGGAAGCACAAUAAGCAGAGUGGUGAAUCUGCUUCUGAAGAAUAGAUGGGUUUGUUGUUUUUCUUAAUUGGAUUUUGUUCUUCAUCAGGAAUGCUAUAACAUUUUGUUUCUGUACUUUUGAUUAUAUAUGGUCAGAUGAGAUUACAUGUUUAGAAGAUGAUAAAUCUUCUAUUUGAUUUGGAAAACAUUCUGUGUGUUUGUUUGGUCAUAUUUGUUUUCAAAUACUUAAUUUGGCU